UCUUUCAUCAUGAGUUCUGAAUUAAAUGUUCCAGUGGAUCCUUCCACCCCUGCUUGCUGCUCUGAGCCAGGCACAAAAGGCAUGGAUUAUCGGGACUGGGUCCGGCGCAGUUAUCUGGAACUGGUCACUUCAAAUCAUCACUCGGUCCAGGCCCUGUCAUGGAGAAAACUCUACUUGAGCCGAGCCAAGCUCAAAGCAUCCAGUAGAACAUCUGCUUUGCUCUCUGGGUUUGCUAUGGAUUGUUGUUUACUCCUGAAAUGCCUCUCACUGAGUCAUCAAUCAAUCUUAAAGAUUCAUCAGAGCACAUCAUGGAAGCCACCCUUAGGGAAUAUGUUGGUCGCCAUGGUGGAAGUGCAGUUAGAGAUGCAGUAUAAGUAUCCCCAAAUGCUGCUGAUUGCUUUCAGUGCCUGCACAACAGUGCUGGUUGCAGUUCAUCUCUUUGCCCUUCUCAUCAGCACCUGUAUACUACCUAAUGUGGAAGCAGUAAGUAACAUCCACAACCUGAACUCUAUCAGUGAAUCCCCACAUGAGCGCAUGCAUCUCUACAUAGAGCUGGCUUGGGGUUUCUCUACAGUCUUAGGAAUCCUCCUUUUCCUUGCUGAGGUUGUGCUUCUCUGUUGGAUAAAAUUUCUGCCUGUGGACUCCAUUAUGAAAAAUGAGACUACCAUCAUUCAGCAGCCCACUGGCCAUGCUGGCUGGCAAGCAGCACUGGUUUCUACCAUCAUCAUGGUGCCAGUGGGUCUGAUUUUUGUGGUCUUCACCAUCCACUUCUACCGGUCUCUUGUCCGGCACAAAACCGAGCGCCAUAACCGGGAGAUCGAAGAGCUUCACAAACUGAAAGUGCAAUUAGAUGGACAUGACAGAGGGCUGCAGGUGGUGUGACAGGAGCAGAUACAGAAUCAAAACAAAUAAUUGA